AUGCGUGGCACUUCACCUGGUUGCAAAGGUGAGGCCGACUACCACCAGCCGAACCGACGACUGAAGCGCGCCAUGUCUCUGCACAUGGGCACGCAGACAAGCGAGUUCGAUCCGUGGCACCUGCCAUACCGGUCGCAGAGCCGCAUGUCUUUCACGAGCGACACCCAGAGCUUGCCCCCUUCUGCAUCUGGUGAAAUAAGUCCCAGAUUUGGUAGCCGAUACUUGGAUGAGGAAGUACAAAUGUACUCAGAUCGACAAAUGGGUAUUGGAUCAUUUCUCGGCACUGUUAGUGACUUGCGAAGAGAUGAUUACCAUGAUUUCCAUGAAAACAGGAACAGAUCACUGCUGGAUAAUAAACAAAGUAUAGGUCCACCAACAGCACGCAGCCAUGCGGAUCUGCGACAUGAUUGGGAAAACAGAAGAGCAUCAUAUGCAGAACCUCAAGGAUUCAAUAACUUUUCAAGGUCAUCUGCAAAUGACAGAGCUACUCGUCGCAACAGCACGGGCAGUCGAGCAGGUUCACAACCCCCAGACUACCUGAACAAUCUUGGUGACAUAGUUCAGAGGCAAAGAAGUGAUGUCAUGAAGUCUCAAGGUCUUGAAAUUGUUAAAUUGCUAAGAGAAGCAGAACAACAAGGCUUCUCCACAGAAGAAUUGCAAGUAGCUAUGAACCACUGCGGAGAUAAAAAUCCUGUGCAGUGGCUUCAGGAUAAUUGGCGAAAUAUGAUAGACACAGUAGUAACACUGGCCACAAAUUACGGGCAUGAACGUAAGGAAAAUAAUAUUGGUACCAUAUCAAUUGCUGAAGCCCGAGAAGCCUUGCGACUUCACAAGGGGAAUGUGUGGUCAGCAGUAACAGAAUGUGUAGAGCAGCGUCAAAAGAAGUAUGCUGAACUCUUGUCUCGUGGCAAUUUCACCCGAGAAGAUAUAGUCACUGUAUUGACUGCCAACCAUGGCAAUUUAGAAGCUGCUUACUUAGAGCUUAGCAAGACACAAUUGAAGCCAUUUCUCAUGCGCAUUUGGGGACCACCAGUGGGAACAGACAAUGAAAGUGGGAAUGUGAGCCUGGGAAAUAAAGCGGGGCUUUGGGAGCCAACGUUGGUUGGUGGGGGCGGAGGGGCUGUGGAGUCUCUAAACAAAGAGCCAGAGACUUCGCAUAAAUCUCAGCUUCCUCCUGAUGAAGAUGACUCUAUUACUGACUUUGUUGAUGCACGCUCAGACCUGGGACCUGAGGAUACCACAGAUGAAAGUAAAGCGGUGAGUCCGGUCUUUGAUUCAAUCCAUUCUGGGGCUGCGUCAUCUGUUCAAGAAAAAAAUAUUUCUUCCAGCCAAGGGAAGGGAGUUCAUUUGCCAUCACAGGUAUGUGAGCAGAACAUUCCAGGCUCGGUUGAUAAAAGACAAAAUGCAUUCCCCAAGCAACAGGACAUUCCAUCUAAAACAGCUGAAGAUAAUUUACAAAAUAGUUCUGUUCCCACUGUAGAAAAACAAAAAAUGUAUGUUAAUACUGAAGCAGAAAUGUUAUCACCUAAAUCAAUUGUAAAGCAAGAGGCAGAAGGGACUGAAAAAAAUAAAGAAGCACAGGAGCAAAAUUUGUCAGUGAAAAGAGAAAAUGACAAUGUCACAAACAUUGUUCCAAUUGUUCCAAAACGUAAACAAAGCAGAGAUUUUGCACCAUUUGUCUUCCAAAGACAGUCUCAUUCCCUUCCUGAUCUUAAUGCCUUUGAAGAUCCAAUAGUGCAACAAGAAUAUGCUAAAGUUAUACAUGAUUCAAAGCGACAACAGAAAGGUGAUGAAGGUUAUUCGAAAGAUGUAUCUGCUGCAAAGGCAGGAGCACCACAAGUUUCUAAAAAGACAAAUUUGAAUUCACCUGAAAAUUCUUUGGAAGAAUCUAAAAACUCCCAAGAAAUCCAUCUAGAGUUCAAUAAUUCUAAACCUAACACUUCUUCAGACUCUUUAAAAACACAAGAAAUUUCUGGGAAGUUGAAUGUGGUUGUACAAGAAGAUUCUAAUGUAGAAACUAAACAAACCCAAAAUAUUAAUCAGAAACCUCACAGUUCUUCUACACCACAUGCAUCUUCUGAAACACAGAAGGAGAAUGUUGAAGAACUUUCAAUUAUCAACAAAUCAGGAGACCAAGAAAGUAACGAUGUAGAAAAGGUUAAAACUGAAAAUGAUUCCCCUAAAUCAAAUGAUGCCAAAGAAUCUACACAAUCUGAUUGUGACAUUGUAGUAAAUGGUGAGAAGAAUCAUGAGGAGGAUUGGCAAAGUGAAUCUCCACCGGAUUCCCCAGAAAUUACUUGUACAGAGAAGGCUCUUUCCAGUCCAAAACCAGGGCCAAGUUCAGUAGUUGAUAAGGGACAGUCAAAGAAGGGUAAAGCACCCCCGAUUCCUCCCAAAACCCAAAACAAACAACCAACUGCUCCUGUGAGGCCUCAAAGAAACUCUCGCAUAGCUUUAAGAAAAGCACCUGGCAAACCUCCACGAGCAGUUCCAGCUCCAUCUAAGGAAGCAAAACUGUCGCACUCCAAAAUUCCACAAAAGAUAACAAAGCCUCCUCCAUCACCUCGGGCCACCACUCCUAAACCAUCACCAAAAACUUCAAAAGCUCCUCCUAUACCAAUUAAAAAUCCUGAAGAUAAUGCAACAACAGGUGUUCCAAAUGAGCCUGUUGUUUUAGAAAAAGAAUCACUUCCAGAAGGUCAUGAAGAACCUGUAUCUUUGCAAGCGUUAGGUAUAAAACAAGAGGGAUCUAAUCUGAGGAAUUCUGAACAGAAAACCGAAACUUCUGUAGCUGAAUCAAAUUCACAAUUAGUAGAUUCACUAGAUGUAUCUGAAGUUCAGAGCCAACCUAAUGAUUCCCAACAAUCUGAUAUAAAGGAACAAAUCACCAAUACUUCAACUGAUCCUUCAAAAACACAGAAUAUAGUUCUGAAUGAAGAAGAAGUAAUGAAAGUAAACUCCAAUGAAGGAGAGAAGGAAGGUGAUCUACAAGAGGAAAAAAUAGAACAAAUACAAACUGCGAUGGAAAACCAAUCAAUUGCAAAAAGUGAGGCAGAUUCAGGCACUUCUAGUAAUGAACCCUUGCAAAAUGUUGACAAAAAUACAGCAGAUAGCAAUAAACAAACACAUAAAUCACAUACAAUGUUCCCGGAACAUUGUUUAGACAGUGAUGAAGAUGAAUAUGUGACAGACUUUGCAGACGACGAUGAUGUGGAACUUCCAACCCCUCAACAUGCAAACACACUAAUUUCUCAAAUGCCUGCGGAGACAAUGAGUACUAAUAAUGAUACAACUAAUCAGUCAUCAGAUAUUACAAUACAUUCCAACAGUGACACAUCUCCGUUACAAAAUUCUCCCACAAUUUUGACUAGUUCAGGUUCAUCUGAUGAAAAAUCUCAGGAAGCAGCAAAAUCAAGCGAUGUUUCAGAACAGUUGAUGGAUACUUUCACUUAUGAGAGACAGGUGCGAAGAUGUCUGGCCGAAGGUCUUGUCAGCACAUACGAUCAAGCAGAACUUGCUGUACGUCUCAUGGCUCUAAAAUUUGAACAAGAGGAAGCAGUAAAUGCAGCUAAGGAAUGCAGUACACUCUAUGCUGCCAUAUCAUUUCUUCAGCAAGAAUGUGAACUGUGUACAGGCAAAUACCCUAUGAAGGAGAUGGUAUCAAUGUUAAAAUGUGUGCAUCGUUGUUGCAAAGAUUGCGCAAAGAAUUAUUUCACCAUUCAAAUAACAGACCGCAAUAUUGCUGAUGCUGUUUGCCCAUUUUGCAAAGAACCUGAACUUGAAAAUGAUGAUGAAGCUCUAGAAUACUUCAGUAAUUUAGAUAUCCUUCUAAAAAGCUUUCUGGACCCUCCUGUUCAUGAACUGUUUCAAAGCAAACUACGAGAUCGCACACUUAUGCAAGAUCCAAAUUUCAAGUGGUGUGUUCGGUGCUCAUCUGGAUUCAUUGCAAAUCCCAGACAGAAGCGCCUUGUUUGUCCUGACUGCCGCUCCGUGACAUGUGCAUCUUGCAGAAGACCUUGGGAGAAACAGCAUGAAGGCAUCUCUUGCGAAAAAUUUGCUGAAUGGAAAGAGGCAAAUGAUCCAGAGAUUCAAGCAGAAGGGGUUGCCAAACACUUGGCGGAGAACGGCAUUGACUGUCCAAAAUGCAAAUUCCGCUACUCGCUGUCUCGCGGAGGUUGUAUGCAUUUCACUUGCAGUCAGUGCAAAUUUGAGUUCUGCUGUGGCUGUGGCAAGCCAUUCCUCAUGGGAGCGAAAUGUGACGUCAGCCCCUACUGUGCCAAACUAGGCCUCCACGCUCACCACCCUCGAAACUGUCUCUUUUAUCUCCGGGACAAGGAACCGAAUGAUCUCCAAAAGCUCCUUCAGGAAUUCAAUGUGACAUUUGACACUGAAACACCGGCAACAAUGAAGGCCCGGGAAGAAGGAGGGGCUGCCGUGAAAUGUCUGGUCCAGCUCCAGAAGGAGACGCCAACUGGACUGAUGGACACUGUCUGCAAUGGAGAUGUCAUUGAGGGGCACGCAGGCUUAUGCAGGAUGCACUAUAUAGAGUAUUUAAGUAUGAUGAUCUGGAAGCACAAGUUGGAUCCUAUAUGCAUUUUAAGCAAUGAUGAUCUUGAAACACUUGUUAAGAGAGCUCACAAGCGUCUGCCACCCAACCCCUACGGAACGCCGGAACAAGUCUUCCGGGAAAGGCCACACUACAUUGAAUAUUUAGUGGAUCUCAUUUCAAGAAACAAGCUGGAUCCAAUCAGUAUAUUUGACCUGGUGGAUGUUCAGCAAGAACUCAAACGCAGAGGCAAAGCCUUGCCCGCUAGGCCAAUCAACUCAACUGAUGAACAGUACAGGAUCAUUUGCUCUAAGGUUGUUCAAGAAGAAAUUCCCAUGGACUGACCAUGCUUUGGGUUAAUAAUGAAAGAAAUCUUUUGUAUAUUUCAUCUUUUGAUUUUGUACAAUGCAUAACUAUGCAUUAUUGAUAUUAGAAGUAAGGCUUGUUUUGCAUUUUAGCAUUAGUUAAUUGAUGUC